CAUGCUCAAGAUUAGUUGGGUGUGGCUAUAAAGAGCCUUGCUGAAAAUUCACAUCUUCUUCCUCAUCAACUCACACAAACAAAACUCAUUUACCAAAUUAAAACUAUUUGGUGAAGAAGAUGGGAAACUGUCAAGCAAUUGAUAGUGCAACUCUGGUGAUUCAACAUCCAAAUGGAAGAGCAGACAAGCUCUAUUGGCCUGUCUCCGCAAGUGAAAUCAUGAAGAUGAAUCCCGGCCACUACGUAGCCCUCCUCCUCACCACCACCUUGUAUUCCUCCCCCGCUGCCGCCGCCAAGAAUAAUAGCACUAGUGUAGAUAGCAAGAACACCCCUCUUCGAAUAACCAGGAUCAAGCUUCUUAGGCCAACUGAUACACUUGCUCUUGGUCAUGUCUAUAGACUUGUCUCAUCUAAAGAAGUGAUGAAAGGUUUGUGGGCUAAGAAACAAGCUAAGUUGAAAUCAGAGGGUGCUGACAAAAUCAUGACAGAGAAAAUAAGUCCAGAAUUUGAAGCAGAAAUUAGGAAAAAUUCUGAAAUUGAGAAGGCUGAAAAGGUGAAAGAAAGGCAGAGAUCAAGAAAUAAUUCAUCAGUAAAUUCCGGAAUAUCAAAACCCAGAGGCUGGCAGCCAUCAUUAAAAGCAAUUUCUGAAGCUGGAAGCUGAAUUACUUUUUUAAUUUUUACUACCUUUUUUACUUUUUUUUUUUGGCCUGUUGUUGGAUUGAAGAUUGAAAAGUAGUUCAAAACAGGCAGAUUGAAGAGGGUUAAUUUUGAAGGGUUAAUUCAGUGAAUAGCAGAUUCUGUUUUGGAAUAUAUACUUUAAUCAUCUGCUGCCUUUCAUGUAUAUACAACUCCCUCUUUAUCUUUA